AUAUACUUACAAUGUGCUUAUAUUACAGAAUCUUUGGAUAAAUGGGAAAGACUGACAGUAGCGGAUGCAUUGGAACCGGUAGCAUUUGAAGAUGGCGAGACAAUAGUUAGGCAAGGCGAACCAGGCGAAGAUUUCUAUAUAAUUGUAGAAGGAAUGGCUGUCGUUCUACAGCAGCGUAUAGAAGGUGAAGAACCAUCAGAGGUUGGACGACUUGGACCUUCGGAUUAUUUUGGCCUCCAGGGCAUCGGGGAUUGGUUGGAUCGCUGGGCUGAGAGGGCUACGUGCUCUGGCAUUGGUCGGCAGUUCCGGCAUGGCAGGGUAUUGGUCCUUUCCGCUGGUGGGCCUUCCAGGGCCUCGCGGGCGGGUGGCACGGCGCUGGCUUCGCCGGCGCGCGGGCUGGCUGUCGCGCACCGGCAACAUGGCGGCCUCCAGGCCUGUCAAAAUUCCUCCCGGGCACAUCCGCGGUUUCGGUGGAAGGGGGCUCCACCGUUGUCACACAGGCCUCUUUACUACCCGUGUGACGAGACUGCACCGGGACUGCGUCUCUGUGGCGAUGGUGGCGGGCUGGUGGGCAUCAUCCCAUGGGAGUCUCGAUCAGCUGUUUCCCCACUGCCCAUGCCAUCCCUGCCUUCCGUUGCCUCGGCAACGUAGCCACUCUUUCAAUCCUUCCUGGAAUGCUGUUGUCCUCGUUGAUGGUCCACGAUGGAAGUCCUCGAGCCAGUGCCCCACGGGGAAUGCGACAGGGGGAAGGGGGGGAGGGAUCUUAUCCUAAGUACAAUAGACCUAAAACACUAAAUAGACGCAAUAAACAGUAAUUCCCAAUACAGCACGUAAUACACGUGCUCGGGGCCAGUGGUGCCCUCGAGCCAGGUGACGGGGAGGGGUUUAUUGUAACAUUUUUGUUACAACUUAUAAUAAUUCUUCAAUGCUUACCUUAUGAAUCUAAUUUGAUUAUUAUUCACUUCAUUAAUGGCCGUAACGCCAUUAAUAUCUAUUACACAUAAAAUGUGAUUAAGCGCACUGCUCAUUCUUAAAGCGUUUUCCAUUGCUAUACGGGUACUUUGUUGUAACCCAUCUUGUACCCAUUCAAUGGGUACGAAAACGUUCGGAAGAAGUUGAACGUAAAAGAUCUCCUCAGCCAUUUUUUGAACUUAGUCGUAGCAGUGUCAAGCGCUAUUUUAAAGCGUUCUCCCUACCUCUAAACUUUCUGUGUGACAAAGAGUGUGAGAGACUUCUUAGAAUUAUUUAUUAAGAUAACGAAUAGAAGGAAUAAUCCAGAUGGUUAGGAACUUGUGUUACAUUCAAGGAUUAAAUGAUAUGCAAUAACGUAAAGUAUACGUUGUAUUUUUUUUCAAUGU